CUUAUUUUCAUCUUCAAUUUCACCCCGAGCAUGAGCGAGUAUGACGUGAGACCAUCAAAGAUUAAGUUAAAAGAGACGAAAACAGACAAGGCAGAGAAGAUUUACCGCCACGAGCAACGCCGCUAUCGAAAAGAACAAGAACGCAUUUCUCGAGCAAACGGGUACGCGGUCUCUCCGCCUCGUCCUCCUCGCGAAGAAUCAAUAUCCCCACCCCGUAAGCGGCCUAAACAGAGGCCACAAGACUUUGAAGAAGAGGAGGACGGUGAAGGCGAAUGGAUGGGUGGCUACGCUCGUCACGCGCGGGAAGAGAUUGAGAAGAGAGAUUGGGAGGAUAAGAUGCGUUGGAUGGCGAACGAAGUUUCUGAUCCUUUUGAGGAUUGGCCUACAUUCGGUCGAGCGGGCCCAUCAUUCACGCAUAUCCCUGAAAGAUGGCGUCCUUCUUCACCCAGUAUACCUCGGCCCCCUGGCUUUGGCCCUUUCCCCUUUCCUCCCUUCAGCAACCGCCACGUUCACUCAACUCGACGCAAUCCUCUAGAUGAAGUUGAUCCUUACGGUAUCCCUAUCCCCCCACUGGGACACAUGACAGAGAGUGAAUAUACAAAUUUUGUGAGGCAGGGAAUGUACGCUCGCCGACGCGCGGAGGAGAUGUUUGCUGCUGAGCGACAUCGACGUGAACGUGAAGCUCGGGAACGGGAAAGGGAGAUUGAACGUGAAAAGAGGGAACGGAAAGAGGAGAGGAGACGUCACAGGCUGGAGAGAGAAGAAUACGAACGACAUCGCGCUCGCUCAUCUGCGUCUUCCUCGCCUAUCCCGAUCCCUCAUCCGCACACCGCUCCAUACGGCACUCUUGACGACCCUACGAAAUACUUUACAAGAUGGGAAUCUCUGCAAAUUGGAGGCGAAGUAGAAUCUACCGAACUUCGUUUCGACGAUAUUCCUUGGCCGGUCUUCCGACCUUCUGCCCGAGGAGGAUCAAGCGGGUCAAGUGAGAGCAUCCUCCUUGAUACUCUCACACUCGAGAAUGUCCGGAAAUUCAUGACAGCUGUUGCCAGUCAUCUGUCAACCUCGAAAUCAAGUUCCGCAGGAGGGACAAGGGGGGAUCUGAGAAAGACUGUAAGAGAGGCGAUAAGGAAUUUCCACCCCGAUAGAUUUCACUCUAGAGUGUUGGAAAGGGUGAGAGAGAAGGAUAAGGAGAAGGUCCAACAAGGUGCGGAUCAGGUUAGCAGGGUGUUGAAUGAUUUGGUUAGGAUAGUAUAGUGUGGUGCGUGAUAGGACGGUCGAUAGGCAAAUGCGUAUGGGCGAGAACGUUAUCUCAGCGGAGCAGGCUAGCGAGGUAAGCCACUAGAUUGUACAAGCAAAUUAGGGAUGGACGUGUUAGUUUCCACUGUUGUAUUAGUAGUAUAAAAUAUGUAG